GCACUGGUAGGUUGCACUGAUGGGCAUUGACUGGCAUCACUGAUGGGCACUGAAAGGCAGCACUGACUGGCAUUGAUAGGUGGCACUGACUGGCACUGAUGGGUGACAUUGAAAGGCAGCUCAGAUGGGCACUGAUAUGUGGCAUUGAUGUGCACUGGUAUGCACUGAUAUGUGGCAUUGAUGUGGCACUGAUGUGGCACUGGCACAUGGCACUGAUGGACACUGACAGGUGGCACUUCUGGGGCCACACUGAUCAUCAGGGCAAACUGAUCAUCAGUGCCCUGGAUCAUAGUGAGAGAAAUGCCGAUAACCGGCAUUUCCGUGUUUACAUGUGAUCAGCUGUGAUUGGACACAGCUGAUCACAUGACC